UUGCGCACCGUCAGAACAAAAAAUGCAUGUAGUUGGCAACGCCAACCAGCCGUCAAAUGCAGAAACAAAUAACAGAUUAUCAGCUGUGCAAGUAACGAAUUUAAUCUGCCGGCAUAUUUGUAAUUCUGCCAAAGGUUAUAUUAAAAGUCUUUAUAUUAUUUAAAUAAAACUAAAUUAGUGUGAGCAUUAUAAACGUACACAGCCGUUCGUAACACAAUAGUAAAUUCUGAAAACUUUUUGCUUAUAAUAAAAGUUCACUAUAAGCGGUUUAAGCAAGGGAAGCAAAUAUAAAUAACAACAAAAUGAGUUCAGCAGGCAAUACUGAAAUGUCGCCGGUUAUACGCAACACAACUUAUUCCUUUAGUUUAAAUAACAAUGGAAACUUAGACAAAAUGGACUUGAGUAUGACAGUGGAUGAGGAGGAUCUACAAUCGCCACCAAAAACUUCUACAAUUGUAAAAGAAAACACGACAGAUAUAUUUUUGACUGAAAGUAGCGUCGAGGAUGUGGAAGCUGAAGAGAGUUUAAUGCAGAGUGAAACACUUAAUGAUACAAAUCAAAAUAUUGAUUUGGAUAUAUCAAAUCAAGUGGAAAAUCUUACAAAGGAUGAAGAUCUCUUUCAGUGUGCACUCGUCGAAUUAGGGCGUCGCUUGUGGGAUUCAUCCCUUGAGAAGCAGCACUACACAAAAGGCUGUUUAUGGUCACCAGACGGUACAUGUAUAUUAACUGCGGUACACUUAGAUGGUAUGCACGUCAUUGAGCUACCAAAUGAUUUAUAUAAUACUUUCUCAACACAAACGAUACCAUCAAAGCGUAGUGUAAGUACAUUGACAUCUGCAGUUCACGUAAAGGAAGGUGGUACUGUCUAUGAUUACGCGUGGUAUCCAUUUAUGAAUAGUAGUGCACCAGAGACUUGUUGUUGGCUUGCAUCGCGGCAACAUGAACCCAUUCAUAUGUGGGAUGCAUUUACCGGUGAACUCCGUUGUUCUUAUCGUGGUUACGACAGUGUAGAUGAAGUGGAAUCGGCUAUAGCCAUAACAUUUUCGAAUGAUGGUGAAAAGAUUUUUGGUGGCUAUAAGAAAUCUAUAAAAAUAUUUGACACCAAGGUACCUGGUCGCGACUUGAACUCUAUUGCGGUGAAGCAAGCUAUCUCCUGUUUUGCACUUACAACAGACAAUGACAGAACCGUCACUACUGGUUCUUGGCAAGGAUUGAUAAAUCAUUAUGAUUUGCGAGCACCAAAACUGGGCCCACUUUUUACUCUGGGCGGACACACGGGGGGUAUAACCUGGUUACGUUAUGCUGCUCUAUCCGAAAGUGAUAGCUGGACAUUAUUUAGUGGAGCUCGUAAAGAUAAUAAAAUAUUAGAAUGGGACAUGCGAAAUUACACCGAACCCGUUAGAGAUUUUACUCGAAAUGUUGCAACCAAUCAACGUAUAUACUUCGAUUUAAGCCCACAAGAGAAACGUUGGUUAGUGAGUGGGGGUACUGAUGGAAAUAUACGCAUAUGGGACUUAGAAAAUAAUGUUGAGGAAGUGUUGAAGAUACAUGGAGAUUGUUGCAAUGGUGUGAAUUUCCACCCCUCACUACCAAUAAUAGCUACUAGCUCAGGGCAACAUCAUUUUGUGGAUACUUCCGAGUGUGAAACAUCAUUGGAAAAUCAAAAGGCGGCGCAAAAUGAAGACAUAACUGUAGAAUACGAAAAUACCUUAAGAUUGUGGUGGAUUGGUAAAUCUCCCGUAGAUCAAGAAUUGAAUUAAACUAUCUAGAAUCAAUGUUGGUAGCAAUUACAUUGGCUUUGUAAAUAGAAAUAUUUUAAUAUUAACAUAGUUUUAAGUAUAUAUUUAUUUAGUAAACAAACUGAAUGUGUAAAAAAUGAAAUGUAAGAAUUUUGUAUAUAAAACUAGAAGAAAGCUGCAUUUUUUGGUAUAC